AUGAAGGACCUACUAGUUUUUGCCAUUGUCUUUGCUGUGUUUCACAUUGGCUAUUCGGCAAUACCAGACUUUUGUGAACUGGAGGAGGAUGAAGGUGUGGGAAGCAGCUUCAUCUUUGCGUUGCACUACAGUUCCACGGACAACAGGUGCAAUCCCUUCAUAUACAAAGGCUCAGGGGGCAAUGCCAAUCGUUUCCUAAAGGAACAAGACUGCAUGAGGAACUGCUCGGCCAUAGUAGACAAAUACUACCCCACAGACGCAACAACGACUUGCCUCUUGACGAAGAGCGAUGGUGGAUGUAGCGCCCGAUUUCUGAGAUACUACUAUGAUUCUGUUCAUGGCAAAUGCAAAAAAUUCCUCUGGACCGGGUGCCAUGGAAACGGAAAUCGAUUUUUUGACCAUGACAGCUGCAAUGCCACCUGUGCUGGUGUCCAUGAUGACCGCGAGGAAGAAGAGGAGGAUGAGCCAGACACCCCGAUUGCAAUCAUCUGCGGGGUUUUGCUCGCCGUCAUCGUAAUUUCCAUCUUCGUUACGGUCAUUGUCCUGACUGUCCAGUCCAACAAGAACCAGAAGAAGACCACAGCAAGAAGUAAAGAUGGACAGCCGGAUGCUCCUCUGAGGGGCCAGAGUCUAGAAAUGGCAUAACCCUACACCUCUGCUUUAACAACUUGUUGUUUUUACCCUUAAGCCAAUUUACACUUAUUAUACUUCAACAAUUUCAACAGUUUUUUAUACCGUAUUUUUCAGACUAUAAGGCGCACUUAAAAUCCUUUCAAAACUCGACAGUGCGCCUUAUAACCCGGUGCGCCUAAUGUACAAAAUCAUUUCGGUUGUGCUUACCGACCUCAAAGCUAUUUCGACUCAAGUAAACAGCACCAAAGUUGUAUAUAUUCCAUUGAAAAUUAUAGAACAUUACACAAGGCGCUCAAAAAUCUAUAAAAAUGUUUUAGUAGGACUUUGGUAGGCUAUGAAGCCACACCGCUUGAUGGAUGAUUGAUGUACUGUGCUUCAACAUAGGAGUAUUACUAUGCUGUGUGUAUAAGUGUCACGUUCAAACACCGAGGACAUCUGUUAAACAAGACAAAAGGCAAGGAAUCAAACAGAGACAGAAUUCAAUUUGGACUCAAUAUUGAGGAGAGACAUGGUCACGGCACUCUCUGUACAGUCCUGCACCACGCUCUGACGAAGAAGGUUUUCGUCUCCUCAUUUAUUCAGAUGUUCAAUGUUCACGCACCAACAUAUGUCACAGCAGGAAUGGGAAGUAUUUAAAACAGUCAUUGUUUUCGGUCUCAUUGAA